AUGGCUGGUCCCAAGGCGGCGGUACAGUCUUCAAGGGAGCAGGCUUCAUCCGAGACCCGUGACCUUUUCGCUUCCUCAGAGGAUGAGCGAAGUGCUUUGAAAGAGACAUGCGAAGAUGACCGAUGUCAAGCGCCUAACGCCAGGGUCUGGCAUUGCGUCGACUGCGAUUCAAACUAUUGCAACGACUGCUGGGGGUAUCAAGGCCCACAUAAAGCUGGUAAGCUCGGACGAGACGGUGUACCUCAUGAGAAGACCAAUGUGGCCAUCGUCAGUCGACUGAAAGCGAUCUUACAGCCUCCACAGUCACUUGAUGAGAUCAAGCAGUCUCAUGAGAAAGACCAAUGCACUAAAUGGUUCGGUGUCGCCCGCGAUAUGACAGGCAGACCCAGCCUCGAAGACUAUGGCAGGUACGCUACCUUGAUGGGAAGCAUUCAGCCCAUAGACGUCAACAAAGACCGAUACCCUCAGUUGGUAUCUUUCAUCGGUGUUACGAAUGCUGGAAAGUCCACGAUCAUCAAGAUGCUCGUCAAUCAUGCUGCAGAAGGCAGCAUCGCUCCCAAGGUGUUUCCAACACCCGUGGCAGGUUCGAUUGCGAAUGACAAGGUCGCAACGAGCGGUGAUGUACACCUUUACGCAGAUCAGUCAACUCACGCCGGGCAGCUUCCGAUCCUGUAUGCUGACUGCGAAGGGUUUGAGGGAGGAGAGAAGAUGCCUCUUGGGGCUCGCAUCAAGAAGAGACCUUGCUCCACUGCACCCCUGUCGUACCCAGAACUAGCUCAGAGUCGGUCCCUCCCGAUUGAGUGGGCGGACACUGAAGAGUCACGCCAGCGAGAGUAUGCGGUUCGAGAGUUAUACCCGCGGCUGCUGUACACGUUCUCGGAUGUGGUGGUGUUCGUACUUCGAAACCCAAAAACUUUCCAGUCAGCGGUGCUGGGAAAGCUACUCGAAUGGGGAGCCUCAGCACUCGAGAAGUCAAUCAACCAGCCUUCUCUCCCGCACGCUAUCGUCCUUCUGAAUGAUACCGAGCCAGGCGUAGACGAACGAGAGUGGGACACCGACUUCGCCACUCAAAGUCUGCUUUCGUGCGUUGCGGGAGCCCUAGACUAUGUCGAAGGUGUGCCACGCUUUCGAGAGCUCGCUGAAUACUGGCGUGGCCUUGGCAAGCAGGUUGUUACCAUUCAAGAUCUCAUCUUGAGAUACUACUCUUCCUUCAGGGUAAUUCGGAUGCCACGAAAGCCAAGAUACACCCUUAUGGACCGCCAGAUUGGCCGCUUACAUCAUGAGAUACGGGCGGACUGCGAUGAGUCUUUCAAAGCAAAGCGCAAAGCUCGCAUGCUCACCAACUCAGACGAGCUCAACAUCUACCUCCAGAGUGCCUUUGAGCACUUCACACGCACUCUCACAACUCCCUUCAACUUCGUGGCUGUCAGUCUGGUCACCAAUCCUAUCUCGUACGACUUUGGAGGCCACAUCUUGCAGCUCGCCAACACAGUCGCGGCCUUGCGCUCAUCUGAGCGACGGGGGAGCGGAUUAUCCCAGUGGAUUUUCGAGAAGAUGUGCCUGAUCGUAGCAUCAUGCGUCAUGCUCGACUGUGCCCGCUACCGCAAGGGUAGAGUAGAAGAUCUGCUUGACAGUUACAAGAAAUUCUUCGACUGGGUCCUGCAUGAGUACUGCGACAUGUGGCUACCUUGUUCCUACUCUAAUGGAGAAGGGAGGCGCUGUGAGCUGGUCAAAGCUCGCCACCACACGAAAGGCCAUCAGGACGGACAGGGUAUCAUAGCUCAUGGAGACUAUCAAUCCACCUUCACCGCUGAGGAGUACGGGCCUAUGUGGGAGCGUCAACUGCGGGCAUCGAUUUCGUUCGUUCAAGGAGAUUUGCACCGACACCAAGAACAGUACGCUCAGGGUGGUCUCCUCGAUUCAGACGAGAAGAUUGCACUGCGUCUGCAUCGACAGAAUAUCUACGACUUCUACUCAGGCAUAGGCGACCCUCAAGACAUGGUUAGCCAUUCGACUUGCUUCUGCUGCUUGAUGGAGGUCCCCGAGCACCCGCUGCCAUGUGGACACGUUCUCUGCUCAGCUUGCGUGCAAGCUUACGGCAAGUCUACGAACAAAUGUAUCGUCGAGAUGGCGUACUGUCCGUUGCACAUGGAUCAAACACGCUGGGCUUCCGUUCAUCAGAUCAAAUUCAAGCACAAGGCCGCCGGCACAAGAGUCCUUUGCUUGGACGGCGGUGGGAUACGAGGCAUCGUGGAAUUGGAAGUCCUACGAGCUAUUGAACAAGCACUCGGCGGAGAAAUACCAAUCCAAGCCUUCUUCGAUCUCAUCGUCGGCACGAGCACCGGCGGUAUUAUUGCCCUGGCCCUUGGAGUCCAGCAAUGGCCAGUCGAUCGAUGUAUCAGCAUGUUCACUUCGCUUUGCAAUCAUGCGUAUACACCGAGGGUCAAAGGCAUGCCCAUCCUGGACCUCGCAGCAACGAUCAGCCAUGGAAGUAAGUACAAGACCAAAGCCUUCCACGAAGCACUCAAAGACGCCUUUGGGGAGCAAGACGUGCUGUUCGGUGGUCGAAGUCGCACCAAGUCGACCUGUCAAACGAGAGUGGCUGUGACAUCUACGACCAGUACUGGAAGCAAAGCCAUCGUGCUUGCCAACUAUCGUCGAAAAGAGGACUCGGCCCCUGAGUACGACUUCGAGCGGCCUCACCAACCAGAGCUCGAGAUGAGAGUCUGGGAAGCCGCUGCCGCGACGUCGUCUGCGCCUACCUAUUUCAAGCCAUUUGUCAAUCCACUGACUAGGCGGACCUAUCUUGACGGUGCACUUCACAACAACAAUCCAGCGCGGGUGGCCAACAGGGAGAGGAAGCUCAUCUGGCCAGAAGCCUCUGAUACCGACCCCGACAUCCUGCUGUCACUCGGUACCGGUCAGAACCGCAUCUCGAUACUUCCCAAACUCUCAGCGAAGACGACCGACUGGAAGACGCUUCAAGUCGACGACAUCCUGAACGCCGAGAUGGCAUGGGCGGCGUUUCGAGCAGAUGUCAUAUCUGUAGACGUACCAUACCGUAACACCCGUCGCUACAUCCGCUUCAAUCCGGAUUUAAACAGGACUGCGCCCUCUAUGGACGACAAAGAUGAGCUUCAGUCGUUGCAGUGGACCGUCAAGAAGCGGCUCAGCUUGCCACAUUGUGUGACUGCCGUGGAACACGUUGCCUUCAAACUGGUUGCAAGCUCGUUCUUUCUCGAGGUCCAAGGGAGCAAGAUCUUGAAUGACGGUAGUCAUUCGUAUGAGUGCUUGGUACUCUGCAAGUUUGAGAAUGGCACACAACAUCUCAAGUCCCUAGGCAAGUACCUUCGACGGUCGAUGACCCGUGAUUUCUGCCCAUACUUCAUCGUCAGGGGAGACGCACAUUCGGAGCAGGGUGUCAUAUUCGACUUCACCUCGAAAGUGAUCGACAGAAUGGCCGAGCGGGCGGACUUCAAUAUCUCCAGCAUCACUGUCGUUGUUGAAGAUGAAAAGAGACCGUCGGAUGUCACACUUGUGCUGUCGGCUCACGACGGUCUAGAACCUGAAGGCUUCUCUCUCAGCGGGUUCCCCAAGGUCCUCGCGAACGAAUGCACAUCGAAGUCGCUGCUCCCUAAGGCCGGAAAGAUAUCGAGCGCUUCGCGGAGGUUGAACGCUACGCCUUCACCCUCAAGGUCUUACAAAUCGGCCCGCUCCAUACAACACCAGACGCUCGAAGAUAGCAUAUCUCUCAACGAAGGUCGUCCAGGAUCCAAACAACGAGAUCUCUGGGCACCAUCAGCAGGCCCUUUUCAAGGACUGAAACAGCUGGACCAUGCCGCAAACGCACCUGAGGUACAUGCAAGGUCCAGCAGCGAUUUGCAAAUCUCCUACCGUGAUGUGAAGGGACCCAACCGAUUCUGGGCAUACAUUGGACCUCAGCACAUGGCGAAGAAUCGUCACCUCUACAGCGCGGCUACUCUUCAGAAGUUCGUCCCCGAGGCUCCCAAGAAGCGGACUAGUCUGCACUAUGAAGUCCACGGCGAGAGUUCGCCCAAGCCGACUCAGGGAUCGAUGCCACAAAUAAGUUCAGAGAGAAAAGAGCGUGAUCGAUCGACAUCACGGCCUACUCGGGCGAAGAAAGACGCCUCCCCAUCACAACGACGACCCGCUCGUGAAAGGAAAGAUUCAGCUCGAGACAUCAAGGAGACUGUCUCCGUGACCGAAACGAUCAUGGGCGAGUACACGGUCAAGUUCCCUUCCAUUCCUGGCUUCACUCCCCCGCCUGCUUUUCCUGCGAAGAGAAGAGGCUUUGACCCGGGAGAGCUGGAGGCUGCCAUCAACGAUGCGUUUGGAUGA